AUAUUGAAACCUUUUCAACUGGUUUAAUAAUGCUUCUGUGCAUGUGAGUUCAAGACCGUUAUGAUCUUUUAGGUACCUACCUGGUUUUCAAAGUUUUAUCUGAUUUAGUACAUAACUCCAAAAAAUGCUUUUACAUCCUUUGGAGGAUGAAAGUUUGAAUCACUUUUCGGAAUAUAAAAAACUGAAUAACAACAUGGCUAAUAAUAAUUCAAAUGUGCCGUCUUAUGUCUUCAUGACAAAUAAUUUUCAAGAUGAUUACGUUUCAUCUACAUUUGACUUUGCAGCUACAUACUCAGAACCUCCAGAGCUGCAUUUACAGAAUGCUCAACAAGUACUUCAUCCUACAAUGGAAAACAGUGUGAUGAGCAAUGUAGCAGCCAUAAGUCAAUAUUGCUCCAUAUGCGGUGAUCGAGCCACUGGUAAACAUUACGGUGCUGCAAGUUGUGAUGGUUGCAAAGGAUUUUUCAGGCGCUCUGUUCGAAAGAAUCAUAUUUAUGCUUGCCGAUUCAACAGAAAUUGUGUUGUUGAUAAAGACAAACGAAAUCAAUGCCGUUAUUGUAGAUUGCGAAAGUGCUUUAAAGCCGGCAUGAAAAAAGAAGGUAAGGUACAUACAUCGGUUCAAAACGAAAGAGAUCGAAUAAGCUGUAGAAGACCAAGUUAUGAAGAACACUCCUCUUCAAAUGGACUCUCUGUCACUGCAUUACUGAGUGCAGAAAUGCUUUCCAGACAAGUUGGAGCUACAAAUGAGACAAACAUAGAUUUAUCUACAAAGCAAAUCGCAAGUAUUAACGAUGUUUGUGAGUCCAUGAAGCAACAAUUGUUAUAUUUAGUAGAAUGGGCCAAAUACAUACCUGUAUUUUCUGAAUUAACUCUGGAUGAUCAGGUUGCCUUAUUACGAGCUCAUGCCGGAGAGCAUUUAUUAUUAGGAUUAGCUAAACGUUCAUUGCAUCUUAAAGAUGUUCUAUUACUAGGAAAUAAUUGCGUUAUUACCAGAUACAAUGGAGAGUCUGGAAUAUCACCAGAUUUAGAUAUAAGCCGAAUCGGUACAAGAGUAAUGGAUGAAUUGGUCAGACGUCUAGCUGAUGUUCAGAUCGAUGACAGUGAAUUUGCUUGUUUAAAAGCCAUAGUCUUUUUUGACCCUGAUGCGAAAGGACUAAGUGACAGCAAUCGUGUUCAGUACUUGAGAGAUCAAAUUCAAAUAAAUUUAGAGGAUUACAUCAGUGAUCGUCAGUAUGACUCUAGAGGUCGAUUCGGAAAAUUAUUAUUGACCUUACCUCCUUUACAAUCAAUAUCGUGGCAGAUGAUAGAACAAAUUCAAUUCGCUAAAUUAUUUGGUGUAGCUCAGAUCGACAGUUUAUUACAAGAAAUGCUGCUUGGAGAAAAUUAUGCAGGCUCAAGCGGGGAAAAUGCGGAGAAAAGUAACAAAUUAGAAUAUGGAGAUAUGAGAAAGGUGAUAUAAAAAUUAUUUCAAACGCUUCAUCUGCUUAGGUUGUAGCGCCGGACCAUCUUUAUCAGUGAUGGAUAGAGAGCCAACAGAUUGUGAUCAACCAGUGACACCAUCAAGUGUUCGAGAUAAUUUGAUGAUGUGCCAAAUGGAAAAUGAUCGCACCACAGUAGUACCAAAAAUUGAGAACGGCUACGAUAAAAUAUAAUUUGAUGAAA